GUAUCGACAAUCCUCACAAUCACAGUUUCCUUCUUGUUUUAUUUCACGUCCUCACAGUCUCUCAACUAGUAUUUUUUUUUUCCACUUAUAGAAGCUGACAUGCAUGCCACGCCUCUCUCAAGCCUGUUACUCUCAGACCCAUCAUCUGUCUCUCCCACACUCAAGUACUAGAUCCUUCUAUCCCAAUCACAUCUAAUAAAAACAAAUUUGUGAUUUGAUUUGAGAAGAGACAGAUUCACAUAUAUGGACUGGAAUACCAACUUAAGAGCUUUUGUUCCUCGACCAGAGUCUUCCUUCAACUUCCUUUACAACCACAACUAUGACCAAUUUGCAGGGAUGAAAGUGAAUGUUGUUCAUCCAGGAAUGGCAGAGAUGUCACAAUAUGGUUUGGUGCCUGGAGUACUGGACAAGAACAGCAUUAAUAACUAUGGAAAUCAAGAAAAGAAGAAGAGAUUGACAAGUGAACAAUUGGAGUCACUGGAGAGCUGUUUUCAAGAGGAAACUAAGUUAGACCCUGAUAGAAAGAUGAAGCUUUCUCGCGAGCUCGGACUCCAGCCUCGACAAAUUGCUGUCUGGUUUCAGAACAGGCGCGCUAGGUGGAAGGCAAAGCAGCUCGAGCAACUAUACGACACCCUCAAACAAGAAUUUGAUGUCAUUUCUAGAGAGAAACAGAAACUUCAACAGGAGGUUGUGAAACUGAAAGCUAUAGUGAGAGAGCAAGUGCAAGGAGGCAACAGGAAGCAAGUGUCAACGACGGAUAUAUCCGGGGAAGAGACAGUAGAGAGCACAUCUGUGGCCAUUCGCAGCUCAAGCAAGCCUCGCAGCAGCACAAGUAACCAGCAGAAUAUUGCAGAGUACAACUAUAUUUUCAAUGCGGAUGAUUACAGCCCAGUUACACCAUGGAAUUCUACUACUGUCCAGCCAGUCCAGCUCCCAUCUUAUCCAUAGAAGGAUUAUGUAGUAAUAUCAAUCUAGG